AUGCUUGGCGUGGACGGCUUGUUGCGAAUUGGCCUUGCCCGUGAGAGAGUGUGCGCGUGUUUUAUUCAGUUCGUCGCCCGACCAGCAACCACGCUGAAUUUCGGUGACUUAGGGAGCCCGUACUCGGGUAUGUCGGGCACCCCAGAAUCGCACGAGGAGCUCAAGCAGCCCUCGUUCAUGGAGCUGCCGCAGCAGGGCAUCCCUGGGAUGCACCCGGCGGCGUACGGGCGGCCACUCGGCUACCCUGGCCAGCAGCACGUCUCCCAGUACGACCCGACGCACGCCAACCGGACGCUCAGCUACCACUUCCCGACAAUGCACGGGCCGCUGCAGAACUCCUACUCGGGCUACCCGUCGCUGGGCGCGUACCACACGCCCACGUGCCCCUCUCCGCCCAUCAGGGAAGACGACGACAAGCUGACGGAAGGCGUGCGGGUGAACGGCAAGGGCAAGAAGAUGCGGAAGCCGCGCACGAUAUACUCGUCACUGCAGCUGCAGCAGCUGAACCGGCGGUUCCAGCGGACGCAGUACCUGGCGCUACCAGAGCGGGCCGAGCUAGCCGCCAGUCUAGGUCUCACGCAGACGCAG